UUUGAAUUGGGGAGGGCGAGGCGGCGGCACAGCCAGCCAGAGCCAGGGACACAUCCGCCGCCCCCACCAAUCGAAGCGGAGCCAUGGCCACCGCCGCCACCGCGGAGCACGAGAAGGAGCUCCUCUCGUCGGUAGUUGACGACAUCCGCUCCUACUCCGGGUCCGACCCGCUCCGCCCGUGGCUCCGGGGGAUGCGGAAGAUGGAGCGGGCGCUGCCGCCGGCGACGCUGCGGGAGAAGCUGCCCAGGUUCAUGCAGAAGUGCGCGCAGCAGUUCCAGGCCGACGCGCGCUACCGCGACGACCCGCGGUACCUCCGCGUCUGGAUCCAGCUGAUGGACUAUGUGACGGAUGCGAAACCAUUGCUCAAGAAGAUGGAGCGGAAUAGAAUAGGCCUCAAGAGAGCUUCAUUCUAUAUGGCUUAUGCUCUUUAUUAUGAGAAGCACAGGAGGUUCAAUGACGCGGAGAAGAUGUAUUGUUUGGGAAUCCAGAACCUUGCAGAGCCUAUUGGAGAGUUGCAAAAGGCACAUGAACAGUUUCUUCUUCGCAUAGAAUCAUACAAGAGGAGGAAAGAUAAACUGCAGGAAAGAAUGCCUAGGAAAGCUGAGUCAAGUGCUACAGUGAUGAACCAAGUUGAAGGUGAAAGCAGAAACUGUAAAGAACUGAAAUCCAAUACAAUGCAAAAGUCAAGAAGCAAUUCCAAUCCCUCAGUAGGUUGUUAUCCUCCAUUAGGGCCUGCUAAAGUGGGUAUGCUAUGCAGAGGCAACUCAGGAGCUAAAAAGAAUUUGCCCCGUUGUAAUAGUGAUGAUACUGUAGUUGUACGGUUUGUAGGCUCUGCAUUGGUUGGGAAGUCAGAAACUGAAGAUGCCUGCCAUCAUGGUUUAGUUGAACCAACUAUAAACACUAAGGAGGCUAUGGAUGCCAUCAAUAGCAUGUUUUUGGAGCCAGUGGAACCUGAGACAAUGCUCAAGAGACGACCAAAACCUAAGAAACCAAAUUAUGAUCAGCAGGCAAGUGCAUUUGGUAUCUUUGUUGAUGAAGAUGAACCUAGAGGUAAUCCAAAUGUGCUUCACAACAGCAGCAUGAACCAAGACCAUCAGAAAUUCGGUCAGCAAACAGGAGGGUUUGUGAUCUUUGUUGAUGAGGAUAGUCCUGAUGGCAACGGCCAAAAUGUGAGGCAAAACAAGAACUCUAAGAAGGAAAACGUGAAGUUAAAUCAGGAAACAAGUGCAUUUGAAAUCUUUGUUGAUGAAAAUGAGGCUAAUGGCAGUGUCCAGAAUGCCACAUGCCACAGGAAGAAUAGGUCUCCUCCAAGACCAUUAUGUGACUCAUCUAAGCAUCAAGGCGAAAGUGGCUUCCAGAAGCCAUUUGUUGGAGGAUUUGCAAUACUGCCAGAUGGUGAUGAAGAACAGUGUGAGAAAAGUGUUGACAGUAUGAAUAUGAAUUCUAGAACUGUGCAGCCUACUAAUGAUCAUAAUACUUUGCUCUGUCCAGUUCGAGAUGAUUCAGGAACAAGAUAUCAUGAAGGUUCUCAUCCUGCGAGUUCUGGGCUUGGAGAAGACACUGUCAUUCAUAGAUUUGUUGGGUCCACUAUUGAUGAUGAGUCUAAGGUGGAAAAUGCAUGCCACCAUGGGUUAGUCGAUCCAACUGUUAAUCUAAAGGAGGCUAUGGAUGAUAUAAAUAAUAUGUUUGGGAGACCACUGAUCUUCAAGGGUGACAGAACAAAGCGGAAAGUCAAUGCACUGUUAGAUAGAAAAACAGCUCCAGCUUCUGGUUUCUCCAUAUUAGCUGAUGAUGACCUAAAAGAUAACCCUACCAGCAAAGCCGAUCAGAACAACUCUUGCAAAAUUGAUGCUGAGGAUGGUCUAUUUGAGCCCACAAUCACCACCCGUGACGUCAUGGCAGAGAUCAAUGAUAUGUUUGGAAUGCCACUGGAUUUCUAAUAUUAGAGGGAACUGAAUAACUCGUGCAAUUUCCCCUUACCUUUUCACUGUUCAAUUGUGAAAUACGCAGGUGGAGAUAUGCACCAGAUGUUUCUAUGUCAGGAGAGCUUGCUACAUGGGUGGUUCAGGGCGAAGAAACUGGCAACGAUUGCACUGCUGCUGGAGCCUGGACCUGCUGCUGGUACAAGGUGAUCUGCAUGGUCUUAUCCAUCCAAAGAAGGGAGCAUCCUAACCUCAUAGCACCAACCAAUUUAUCGCUGGUGUGGUGUCAUGUAUUGCUGUCAUUGGCUGAAUGUUGGCUCAAGACUUCAUUUCCAGUUCAAAAUGUUGAGGAUUAUACUAAUUAUAAAACUUUUAGCAAGCCUUGGUGUGCUGUUCUGCCUCUCUGAUGUCUCUGGAUUGCGCAUGUACCUGUUUGUGAUAGUCAUAUGCCUUCCGUUCAGAGAAUUUGGUACUUUC